UCAAUCAGGAGAGAUUUUUACUCCAGAUUUUGUUUCCCUUUAAAACGUUAACUAAAUUCCCUACGCACAUUUACACGACAGCACUGGUUGUGUCUCGUGGCAAUAUCGUAACUGUUAACCAAAAUGAACUUAACAUUUAAAUAUUUAUGUUUUUUCUGUAUUUUCGCUUUUGCGAAUGCCGGUGGACCAACUCUAGUAUUGCUUGAUAACCUUGCAAUCAAAGAAACACAUUCCAUAUUUUUCAGAACGUUACAAGAUGGUGGAUAUAGUUUAACAUUUAAAUUAGCUGAUGAUGCUAGUUUACAACUUUCAAAGUAUGGAGAAUAUUUGUAUCAGCACUUAAUUAUUUUCGCACCAUCCAUAGAAGAAUUCGGUGGUGCUUUAAGCGUAGACGUUAUUACAGACUUUAUCGAUGGAGGUGGAAAUGUACUGGUUGCAGGAUCCUCUCAGUCAGGAGAUGCAUUACGUGAACUGGCAUCAGAAUGUGGUUUCGAAAUUGAUGAAGAAGGAGCUUCUGUUAUUGAUCAUAUGAAUUAUGAUGUUUCAGACAGUGGCUAUCAUACUAUGAUAGUAGCAAAUCCGACCAACUUAAUAGAUGCUUCUGUUAUCGUAGGAAGUAAAAAUAUUCCUCCAUUAUUAUAUGAAGGAACUGGAUUAAUAGCAGAUGCUAACAAUCCUUUACUACUACGUUUAUUAACUGCAGCUAAUUCUGCUUAUUCUUAUAAUCCUUACAAUCCAAUCAAAGAAUAUCCUCAUGCUGUUGGUAAAAAUACUUUAUUAAUCGGAGCUUUGCAAGCUAGAAAUAAUGCUAGAGUAUUAUUCUCUGGUUCGCUCUUCUUCUUUAGCGAUGAAGCAUUUACCAAAUCAGUUCAAAAAGUACAAGGUGAUAAAAAAUAUGAAAAAUCAGGAAAUGAAGCAGUAGCUAAAGCUAUGACUAAAUGGGUCUUUAAAGAAAAUGGAGUAAUACGAGUUUCUGCUGUUCACCAUCAUAGAGUUGGAGAAAUACAACCACCUCCAGCCUAUACAGUAAAAGAUGAUGUUGUGUAUUCCAUUGAUGUAGAAAAACUAUCUGGUGAUAAAUGGGUUCCUUAUGAAACUAACGACCUACAAUUGGAAUUUGUGCGAAUUGAUCCGUUCAUUCGCAUGACCAUGAAGCCAACCGGCAAAGGGCACUAUGAAGCAAGAUUUAAGAUUCCUGAUGUAUACGGAGUAUAUCAAUUUAAAGUUGAUUAUACUCGCAUGGGUUUGACACAUUUAUACAGUACGACUCAAGUGUCUGUUCGUCCUUUACAGCAUACACAAUAUGAACGUUUUAUUCCAAGUGCAUUCCCAUACUAUGUCAGCGCUUUUUCAAUGAUGGGAGGUGUAUUUCUAUUUUCUUUAGUAUUUUUGCAUUAUCGAGAAGAUACAAAAACUAAGUCUGAGUAAUUUAAUUAAUGAAUAAAUCGAAAUCACAAUGAUAGAGAGACACUUUAUAAUAUUACAACAUAAAGUCAAAUAAAUUGUUAUAGAUAUUUUUUACUGUAUACAAUUGUAUUGUAAAAGAAUUAUCUUUUUUUACACCUACUAUGUAAAUUAUAAUAUUUAAUGUUAUUAAUAUUGGAAAGUUUUGUGAGUUAAACUUGUAAUGUUGUAAAAUAGAUCGUAUGUACUAAUGAAAUGAACAAAGUUAUUAAAGUAACAUAAAUUUUAAUAUAUGGGCACUAAUACGGUAAACCUCUUUUUUCUAUGCAAUGUGAAAUAAUUAAAUUCAUUAUACUUGUAUCACAUUGAUAUUGUGAAUAAAACAAAAUGUCACUCAA